CACGGUUCUUUCAGCCACGCACCGCUGAUGACGCGGGUCAGACGGCGCCGGGGUGUGCGAUCGCCUUGCUUUUGUCUGCUUCCAAGGUCGUCAUUUCCUCGCUCCAUUGUCAAAAGCCACUUGCCGCUCAGAAUGGCUGCUGCUCAGGAACCCAAGCUUAAAUGCGCGGCGGCGCGGCGACUGCCGGUGCCGCCUCUGCUGUUGCUGCUACUCGCCUUACUCGCCGGCUGCUGCAUUGCUCCUCACGCAGCCGCAGCUCGCGGCGACUGGGCGGUGGCAGGCCACUGGCAUAAACUCAAGCGGGUCAGCGAGCAAUUCGCUGCUUCGUCCAGCUCCGGCGCCGUUGGUGGUGCGCUGGCUCAGCCGCCGCUGACCCGGGGGCCACCUGCGGGAGGAGCCUUGGGCGGUGUGGCCGCCGCCGGUUCCCUGCUGGGGUGCAGCAGCGGCGGCGACACCCUCGCGCUUCAGGCGGCGUCGCAUUGGCGGUCGGCGUUUCGCCGCGCGCUGCUGCAGCUGCCGGCGUUCGGGGUCAACUUCGGCCCCACGGGAGGCGGCGUGAGCUUCGGUGGUGGAAAUGCGGGUGGGGGCGCGGGGACGGGUGGAGGUGGAAGCGGCGGCGCUGGUGGUGGUGGUGGUGGUGGCGGCGGGGGACCGCUGGGCCCGGGCCUCGGUAUCGGAGUCGGUAUCGGCGGCGGCGGCGGGAACGCGGCAGCAGGCGGCGCACAGGCUGCCGGUGGCGUGCCUUCCUUCUUCCCCUUCGGACCCGGCAGCGGCGGCGGCGGCGGAGGCCAGCAGCAGACUCAGCCGCAGAACAGUGGCGGCGGCGGCACUUCUGCUGACAACAGCAGCAACAACAACAGGGAUGGCAGCAUCGCUGAAAAUGGAAAAGGCAACAAGGAUAAGGACAAGGACAAGGACAGGCCUGCUGGCCCCAAUGGCAACAACGGUUUGGGCAACGACCGCCGGAACGCGGCACUGGCAGCCAUCCGCGCGGCGGGCGGCGGCAACGACGGAAGCAUUCGGGCGGCGGGGCAGCAGCUGGUGCAGGUGGCGCAGCAGGGCGGGGCACAGGACUCCGGUCAGGCGCUGCUGCAGGUUCUGGGCGCUGGCAACAUCGGCGCCGUGGCGGCAACCGCCGUGGCGGCGGCCGUGGUGGACGUCACCGCCGCCGCCUCGUCGCUGGCAGCCGCCGCCGUGGGCGCGGUGUCGGGCGGCCAGGUACAGCAGUUCGCACAGGCGCAGGCACAGGCGUUCGCAGACGCGCAGGCUCGCGGCAGUGUAAAUGCCUUCGCGCUGGCCACGGGUUGGGCUAUCAGCCAGGGCGGCGGCUCGGCGGUGCAGGCCUACGGCGCCUCCUUUGCAGCGGCCUCGGCUCAGGGCGGCAGCUCCGAGAGCGGCCUGGCGGAGGCGAGUGCGGUGGCCUUCUGUCAGGGCGGUGACGUGGCGAGCGCAUACGCCGAGUCCUAUGCCGUCGCCAUCAAUAUUGACCGCAGGGGCUGUGUGACGCUGUCCACUGCCAGCGCCCGCGCCGUGGCCGUGUGCGGCGGCAGUCAGUUCGCGUCAUACGCCCAGGCGGAGGCGGUCAGCCGCGUGCUGAGCACCUGCGGCCUACUGGAGCAGUAUGUGACAGGAGGUGCCGCUAGCGCCAUCGCAGGCAGCAGCGGUGGUAGGUAGUGGCUGGGAGCACCCCUGGCUGGAAGGUGUAUGAUGAGCUGGGGCGUAGUUGGCGGCACUGGCGGGGAGCAGGGGCCCUUAUUGCAGGGGAGCAGGAGACCCGUGAUGGAUAGUUACUGGGUUCACAGAUGCGUGCGGUCCUGGCGGUCUGCGUGGGGGCAGGGCCCAGCAGGUAGGGCUACGCUACGAAGCAACAAGGGUUU